UGUUGUACCAUGAAUUAAAAGGUCUAUCUCGAGUCAAGGUUAAUGAGUGAAAGUGUCGACCUGGAGCGUAGAGCAGGACUCUAGAAUUGCCAGCCGAGCUUCACAUUUCGAACGAGGGUCUGUAGGAACAGGUCAUGAGGCAGUCAUGCCUGAGACUUGGAAACCUGAUGGUACGUGGAAAGAGGAGAAGUAGAAGCAGGAGGAGAAGGAAGAGGAAGAGCAGGCUUCUCUCUAAUCUGCGCAAGCUUUGAGGGGAAGUCGGCAGAGAGGGUACGCUUUAUGGGUCAGAGCGGAACCGAGCCAGUUCGUGUGAACUCCGGUUGUUGCGAUUCGAGUUUUCGAAAUAAGCAAGAGUAAGGAGAGCUAGAACGAGAGCUGGGUUUUGUCCAUCACCAGGGGAAACUAAUAGAUCUGUCCAUGGCGUCGUCGUCGCGCGCCAUGCGCUGGAUGGUCUUCUUCGCCUUACUUCCCUGCUUAUUUGCACAUCAGUUGGAAAAUGGUGGAGACGGAGGUGGUGUUGUCUUCAGGGAUUUGGACGUUACUUGGGGCCGUAAUAAAUUAUUAAUGGACCAAGAUGAUGUAUUUCCCAAGAGGGUGAAACAGGAAGCUGGAAGACAUGAGAUCGCUAACGCAGUUGGAAGCAAUGGGUUCACGGAUGCCGCAUUCACAAGCCUCUCCAUGAUCCUAGUUAGUGAGAUUGGAGACGAGACCUUUAUUAUUGCUGCAUUAAUGGCGAUGAGACAUCCACGGGCCAUUGUGCUCUCUGGAGCAUUGUCAGCUCUUAUCAUCAUGACCAUUUUGUCAACUGGACUUGGCGUAAUUGUGCCCAACCUGAUCAACAAAAAUCUUGUCAACAAUUUCGCAACAGGACUCUACACUUUUUUUGGACUCCGGCUUCUAUAUAUUGCAUACACUGCUGAUAGCACUCCUCAAAAGGAGAUGGAAGAGGUUGAGGAGAAACUGGAAGGUCCAAAGAAGAAAAAUCUAGUUCGUCGCGUUUUUUCUCGAUUCUGUACCCCAGUAUUUCUUGAGUCAUUCAUUUUGACCUUUUUGGCAGAAUGGGGAGAUAGAAGUCAAAUUGCAACUAUUGCACUUGGGGCACACAAAAAUCCUUAUGGAGUGACGCUCGGUGCAAUUGCGGGACACUCAGUAUGUACAUCUGUUGCUGUGGUUGGAGGUCGACUUUUGGCAUUGAAAAUAUCACAGCGUACUGUUGCAACUGUUGGAGGCUUUUUGUUUUUGUUUUUUGCAGUGAGCUCUCACUUUUAUCCUCCAUUGUAAUUUAACCUCAUUUCUUUCAAUCAAAUAGAUACUCAAGCCAUUAUUUAGAUACUCAAUCCAGUCACAAGGGCCCCUGCACCAGUAUACCUUCUUCACAUUUAAAAUUUAUUUAUAACUGCCUGCUAUGAUGAUCAUCGAGGCAUCAACCCUAUCUAGCAGUAUCAGAUUAGAACAUUUGACAAUUGUGUACUCUCUUUUGCAACUAGUCUGGGUUCAGGAUUUGAAUUCUAACCCUUGUAGUUUUCGCUUAAAAAUUUCUGCACGCAAACAGAUGUCCAGGCAAGAAGAAGACCUGGCUUUAUUUUAUUCUUUUAUUCUUUUAUUUUGAUUUUGGUCAUUAAUUUGGAGGUGCACCAUGCAUUGUGAAUCUCUA